AAAACAGAAUGCGUACUGCCAAUUUAUCGUGCUGCUAGAUGAACGUGUUUUGAAGACAAUUUAAUGUUUUAUUUUGUAACUAGCAUUAUCGUUGUUUGCAAAAAAAUAUCUAAAACAACAGUCAGACAUUUUAUUUUACUGACCUCGAUUAUCAACCCGAUGAAGCGGACACAUUUUAUAUGUCGCAACGAGAGCUGUUAAGCAACCAAGUAAGGUAGCGUUAGCAAACCCGGCUAGCUAGCUAGUUAACGUUGUUGGUUUAGGCAGCUUGGCAUAACCGUUACAUCGGAUGGAGGACAGCCAGGAGUCAUCAUGUUCCUCAGCAACACCAGAGAGAGGCUCCACCCCUCCAGGAAUAUCCAGUUCCUCCAAACACAGGAAGUCAUCUAAAAGACGAUGGGAGGGAAAGAGGUCCCAACACCAUCAUAAGGAUGACCAGGAGAGUCUGCUUCUGCCGGACAAACACAAACACUCAGAUCUCUCUGGGUCUUCAGCGGCAGAGAUGACAGAGAGCUCGCCUAAGAGGAGAGCCCACUUUCUACAUGGACCGUACCCUGCCACUCAUUUUGGACCCAAAGCAUGUAUUCUUCCCAACCCAACCUCUGUCAUGCACAUCCAAGACCCGGCCAGUCAGCGUCUGACGUGGAACAAGCCUCCAGUCAAUGUUCUGGUUAUUAGGAAGAUACGAGAUGAGAGCCUGGUGGAACCAUUCAAAGAACUCUGCUGGUUCCUUGUCGAGGAGAAGCAAAUGAUGGUGUAUGUGGAGCGGAGGGUGGUGGAGGACAUCGCACUCACUAAUGACGAGGGUUUUGGCUCCAUCCGAAACCAACUCUGCACCUUUAGAGAAGGUUAUGAUGACAUCUCUGACUGUAUUGAUCUGAUUAUCUGUCUGGGAGGCGAUGGGACUCUGCUGUAUGCCUCCUCUCUCUUCCAGGGCAGUGUUCCGCCAGUUAUGGCUUUCCAUCUUGGUUCUCUGGGUUUUCUGACACCGUUCAAGUUUGAAUCAUAUAAGACAGAGGUGGCGAAAGUGUUUGAAGGUAAUGCAGCCAUCACUCUCCGUAGUCGUCUGAAGGUGAAGGUGGUGAAGGACCUCCUCCAGAGGACCGGGCUGCCAGGCCAACAGCAGUACCUGGGCCUUGAGGGCCCGGGGUGUGUGGACCAGGACCUUGAGGGCCCGGGGUGUGUGGACCAGGACCUUGAGGGCCCGGGUUGUGUGGACCAUGGCCUUGGGGGCCCGGGGUGUGUGGACCAUGGCCUUGAGGGCCCAGGGUGUUUGGACCAGGGCCUUGAGGGCCCGGGGUGUGUGGACCUGGACCAUCCUGACAGCCACCCUGAGGCCCAGCCUGACUCAGAGCACAACGGCCUGCCGCCACACGAUCACACCAACACAGAGCCUGGUAAAGUUACCCUGCAAAUGCAGGUUCUCAACGAGGUGGUGGUGGACCGAGGCCCUUCUUCCUAUCUGUCUAACGUUGACCUCUACCUGGACGGACGCCUCAUCACCUCUGUACAGGGAGACGGUGUGAUUGUGUCGACCCCUACUGGCAGCACAGCGUACGCUGCAGCAGCCGGAGCGUCCAUGAUCCAUCCCAACGUCCCGGCCAUCAUGGUCACACCCAUCUGCCCUCACUCCCUCUCCUUCAGACCCAUAGUGGUGCCGGCUGGGGUGGAGCUCAUGAUCACCCUCUCGCCUGAUGCCAGGAACACAUGCUGGGUGUCAUUUGAUGGCAGGAAGAGACAGGAGAUCCGACAUGGAGACUGUAUUAAGAUCACUACUUCGUGCUACCCGCUUCCGUCUAUCUGCUGUCAUGAUCUGGUCUAUGACUGGUUUGAGAGCCUGGCCCAGUGUCUGCACUGGAACGUGAGGAAGAAACAGGCUCGUCUGGCCGACGAUGUUUCUCAGUCUUCGGAUACGGAGAACUGAACGCACACACACAGUGACAGAAAGACGGAUGAAAACACAGUUCUUGCCAGGACAGUGGAGAUAGGUGGGCACAGUCGCACGAUGAACAGGUUAUGUUGCGAACUGACUGUAGUUUUCAUGGGCCUCCUGCAUCAUUCAGUUCAUGUGUGGAAUGUGUUUUAGUAUAGUUGGAAUCAUUACUCUCAGUAUCCAGUUACAUUCCAGAUACUUCAGAGGUUCUGUUUGUCAACUGUCCUGUUGACUUCGACUGACCACACAGCUGGAGGGUGAUGCCACAGAAGUAGAAGGAUGUUUCUCACUUCAGGUCUUCCUACUAAAAGAAGAUCUUGUUCCAUACAUUACCAGUGAAUCCCAAACCAGUCCUUGGCCACUUUGUUGUCACGUGCUGACAAAACCACGACGGGUCAUUUUGAAAAAACUUUUUUCAAUGCUUUUAAUGAUGCAAUAAUUGUAACUUUAAUAUUAUAUAAAAAUGCAUUAAUUUAAACAAAAGCAUGUGACAUAUAAAUAACGCUGUGCCCUAUCAGCAUUUUAGCAUUUCUGGCACAAAUUUCAUCCAAGUCCAGAGACCUAUAUUAGGAUUUGACAUGUAUAGUGAAGCUUGAUAAAGACCGGAGAUGAUCUUGACAUUACCAACUACAAUUAUAAUAUCGCUACCAAGAUCAUAUGAAACAAAUCCAAUUCAAGUACCAAGCACUUUUCAUGCAUCAUGUUCAAAUCAUCUGGGUGAGGCCUUUGUUGAGCCUCACAAUCAGGUUCAGAUGCUUUUGGACAGUUUGUGGAUAUGAUGUGCAAAAAAUGCUAAUCGAGGUCUCAGGAUAUGGAUAGAAUUUGUGCCACAACUGCUAAAAUGCUAGGAUUUGUAAACAUUGCUGGGAAACUAACAAAUGCCCGGGUUCCUGUUAAACCUUAGACUGCUUCCAGCAGUGUUUCUCAGCCCUGCCCCUGGACGCCCCCCUGACCGGCAGGUUUUCCAUCUCUCCCUGCCCUACCAUACCUGAUGUUAGUGAUGGCCAUUCGAGGCUUCAUUAGCGUUAUUUUAGCAGCAGGAUAUUAUGCUG